AUGCCAGGGGGCUUCCAUGGAUACACGGGUCCUGCCUUCACCAUCCACGAUGAAAACGACUUAUGGGAAACGGCCUAUCGGUCACUGAAACAUGAGGAAAGAUCCAUUUUGGACGCCAUUCGCAAUGAAAACGCGAGCGCCAUGGCCAUUUCUGCGGUACUGGAAGACAUCAUCACAACCAUUGAGACUCAAUUUGAGAUUCGCGAGAAAAGAAAUGAUACAUCGAAAAUCAGGAAAGCUGCAAAGCACAUCCUCGACAUCGCAUGUUCCACGCAGAGCUCUGUGGCAAGUAUUGCUGCUGCCGAUCCUAUAAGCCAUGCAGCGACUGCUUGGGCGAUAGUUUCUCUUGGGCUAAAGGUCAAUAUGAUACUAGACAUCCUUAAAAUGAUUCAAAGCUGA